CUUAAAUCGAGCAGAAGUGGGAGAUGUGCUUCUACCAGACAAUUUUCUUCAAGCUAUUUGUCUGAGGUCUUUGGCAUCAUGACUGAAUUGCCCUUGACUGGUAAUGACUCUUUUCGUCUGACUGACUGGGAUUCCCGCACCAGUAAAGAUUUUAAAAUGUCCAGACAAAGGAUGUAGACAACAAAGAGUGCCAGCCCAGUACUGUUGUUCUCCUUUACAUGGUUACCAGACUUCUUGUUGCUCCCUGUAGUAAGAAACAGUUGUAAGAUGUUUACUAAGAGGACAUCACCGCAGUAGGUGGUAACAUACGUGUUACCUUGGACUCCCCUCUGUUCCCCCUAUUCAUGUGCGGAAUCUCAUUGUUGGUUGGGACAUCAUUCAAGCUGGUGUUUUAAGGCCAGAGGGAGGCUCCCAGUUCAUUAGAGCUGUGUUUUGAGGGUUGAAGUAAGAGAGGGGUACUACAUCUUGUGGCGACAGCGAGCUGUGGUGAAUAGUCCCAAGACGAUUCACAGUGUUUCGGGGAAAGGGCCAAAAGGUAGUGGAGUGGCUGAGUUAAGACAAACCAGAGGGAAAGUCCUUGGAAGAUGGCACCUGCCAGUAUGGUUUUUGCCUGGUUACUGUUCACCAUGAGGAUGGUCACCUCGGCAGUGUAUCUGGAGCCUGAGGAGGAGCUCAACGAAACUGUUAUUUGUACCAACGACCAUAUGGAUGUUGUUAUUCCCAGUGCUUUUUUCCUCAACAAAGAGCCUCCAGUUCAUGUUUGGGAUUUGCAUUUAAAUGACCCUGAGUGCCGUGGCGUUGAGGUCGGUGAUGACUAUGUUUUCAGCAUAAAGACAAAUCUCUCCGACUGUGGGACAAUAAUGACUUCAGAUGAUACACACAUCAUGUUCAUAAACACUAUACACAACAACGAUUCGGAUGUUAUAACAAGAAACUUCAUCAACAUAACAUUUGUAUGCCGCUACCCCAUCAACUACAUGGUCCAACAACCCAAUGGUGAAAACAUGAUUAGAGUUGAUGUUAGAACCAUCACUCUGAACACAGAGGAUGGGAACUUUUCGGUGUCGAUGUUACUGUACAAAGAUGAAGCCUUUGAGGACAGAUGGACCACUGUUCCAUCACUGACACUGGAGGAUGACAUCUUUGUGAAAGUUUUCAUGAUACCAGCGCACCUGAUGCUACGUAUAGAGAGAUGCUGGGCUACACCAACCAGGGAUCCAUACAGCAAUAUUCAGUACACGUUCAUCAGAGACAGCUGCCCGGUGUUGUCAAAUGAACAGACCCUGAGUGUGCUGAAGAAUGGCCAGGGUCCAGAGGCCAUGUUCAGGAUACAAAUGUUCAAGUUUGUCGGUGGCUCUUACACCAACGUCUUCCUCCAUUGCAACGUCCAGAUCUGCCACAACACCGUUGGGCCGUGCCAGCCUAACUGUUCCAGUGAAGAGGGAUUAAUGAGAAUAAGAAGAGACAUCCCUUUGUCCCAUACAGUGUCUUAUGGACCAAUCAGACGACUACUAAACAAUAGUGAAAAGCCCAAUCUGAAUGCAGGCAGAGUCCCUUCUGUGGAGACCUUUGUCCUUGGAGGGCUGCUGGUUGUCUUGCUGCUGAUCACAGGAGUGUUUGGGAGGCUGUGGCUUCGCUCCAGACGUUUCUACCCAGCGCGGGAGGCACAGCUCACCCUGUCCAACAUUCACCACAUCUCAGAGGUGGCCUCAUGAAUCAGGGGGUCGGAGACCUUUUCCAGCAAAGAAAUGGACAUACAUACAAAAUAAAGGUGUACAAACACACGUACAGGUGUGUUUCAUGAUAAUAAUUAAAGUCUUGCAUAUGUUUCUCUUCAUAGAAUGGAUUUCUUGAAUUGUAAGAAAUCAACUUAAUAAAUUUCUCCCUUAA